GUCGGUGACGUCACACCAGGAAGUGGGAACUUGGUCGCGGGGAUUUACACGGGGAAGGAGCCGCGCGCUGAGCUCCGGCAGCCUCCACACUUCCGGGUUCUGUUCUUCCUCCUGCGGAGCUUCGACGGUGAAACAUGGCGUUCCGGUGGGUGUUCGCCGCGGGCCUGGUCCCGCUGUGCUGGGCUCUGGCGGCGGCGGCGGCGGCGGCGGCUCCGGACGCCAGCGAGCCGCCGGCGGUGUCGCUGAGCCCGGCGGGGAACGGCAGCGCGGCCGCGAACGGGACGCGCGGCGGGGGUUUGUUCCGCGGCCUGAGCGUGGACAGCAGCAUGAUCCAGCGCGCGCUCUACGUGCUGGUCGGCAUCACGGCCGUCGGCGUCCUCUACUUCCUGGUCCGCGCCGUCAGGCUGAAGAAGCCCAGCCACAGGAAGUACGGUCUGCUGUCCAACUACGAGGACUCUGUGGAGCUCGAGGCGCUGGAGAGCGACGAGGACGAGACGCUGUACGAGGCUCGCAGCCUGCGGAGAUGAGUCCUGCCGGGUUUCUGCGCCGGAUCAAAGGAACAGACUUUCCUCCCGUUGAGCUUCAGCCGCCGCUGCAUUCCUGUGUUUCUUCUUUGUGUUUCUCCUGAUCUGAGAGUGGAAGCCUUCUUCUGUUUACUGCCUCAGCAUAUUGAUGAGGAGGCCACGUGCUCGUAUUGAUUAUGGAUUGGAAGUCGAUGAAGGACCGAGCCGGUUAUUGAACGACAUAACGCCAAAGCUCCACGCUGCUCCACCAGUAGAAGCAGGAUAAUUCCUUUUUUAAUUUGAUAUUGAUUUCUAAUUGGAUGGUGUGUUUGUACUGUAACGUUGGGGCGGUUUCCUCUCGCUGUGGCGGGACGUCCUGACAGUUUCCAGGGAAGGAGGAAGUGCCCGUCGCUCUCCGGCUCAGUGUUUCUGCGGCAAACUGACUCCAGACCAGCCGCUCGGCCUCGCCUCGCCGUGAGCAGAACUGGACUGACGAUGUCACUCGGGCGGCGCCGAGCGGGCGGGGCCGGGGUCGGCGACCUGCUCCUCCGAGCCGGAACUUCCUGCUUCAGCCUGACGGGCCUGAACGCCGCGGCUCCACUUCCUGUUUUCGUGUUUGUCUGAACUGUUUGAGCGGCAGGUGGAGGGACACGGUUAGCUUAGCCACGCUAACAGCCCACAGGCGGGUGUGUCUCGGCUCGGGGAUUAUAUCCAGUCACGAGUUAAAGUGAUGCUUCGGGUGGAGUUUGACCCGUCGGCGCCUCCCUGUGGAGAGGACGAGCGCCGCACCGGCACAUGUUGGCUUGUUAUUCGUUAUUCACUCUCUCUCCCAGCCCUCCGACGUCUAAUCUGGUGGAACUACUUUGUUUCUGUAUCCCUACGCCACAGCUCCGGUGUGUAGAGAAACACCCAGGCCUGAGGCAGCUGCUGCGUAGGGAUACACACACAAAGUAGUUCCACCAGGUUGGAGAAGAGCGUGGGUGAUGAAACCCAAACGAACGAACGUCUUUGAGGGAAGAGGUUUGAGUCGCGGUGCAGCGCUGCACCUCUCCACAGGGAGGCGCCGACGGGUCAGACCACAGCCGUCACUUUAACCUGAGACUGAGACGCCACGAGCUGAAACACAACCACCGAAGAAGUUACGUGUGUGUGUGUGUGUGUGUGUGUGUGUGUGUGUGUGUGUGUGUGUGUGUGUCCAAACCAACCCGGAGAAAUCUGAAAACACCCGUUUGCCUGCAGCCAGGAGAAAGUGGCUGAGAUCUGAUUUUUCUUUUUUCCUUAAACGUGACGUGACUCCAGUGUGAACAGAAAAAAACAAACAAAAAAAAAAAAAAACAGAAUCUGGAUUUUUCACUUGUGAUUUGAGCCACUUCCACGUGCGCUCCAGACUCAGACCUGGAUGUGUGGCGCCGUGUGAACGCUCACAUCAGGAGUCACGUCACAUCAGAAAAAACAUGGACGCCACCAGAUGGUCCAGUUUUGAAGAGAGCGGCUGGUUUGUGUUCACUUGUGAACGUGAACGCGUGCAGCUGAAAUGAUUCCACCAGAGAAACAAGCCGACCAAUCAUGUGCUGUCUUAAAUUAACGUCGGCCCGCCCCCUCUGACAGCAGCCCUGUGGGGCCGCAGGGAGGAGGCGGGGCCGAGCGUCACAGGUUGUGUUCAGGUUCACUCACGUUGGUGUUUUAGUGGGCAGCUUCCUGUUCAGUGCUGGGGUUUACGUGACGACACUGAAGGCAGCACGCAGGCUGGUUCAGGUAAAUGUGACCUGGAGAUGGAAGACGAGUUAAAUCUGGGGGAAAGGAGGGAGGGGGGUCCCGAUCUGAGCUCUGAUUGGCUCUCAGCUGUGAUGAAACCCUCCCGCCGCCUCGCCGCUCCUCCGGUCGGUGUGGACCUGCUCCAGAUUAUAAUCCCAGCCCAGAGGAGCCAGAGCUCCGCCCACUGAACACGUUUGGUCUGUUCACUACAAUGAAAAGUGCAUUUUAGCCCUAACAUCAUCAUCAUCAUCAUCAUCAUCAUCAUCAUCAUCAUCAUCAUCAUCAUCAUUACUUCCCAUGUUCAGGUGUGUGUGUGUGUGUGUGUGUGUGUGUGUGUGUGUGUUUCAGUACAUUCCACUGACUCUGAUAAUUCCCAUAAUGCCUUUCUAGCACUCAGCUUAGUUUUUAUAUCUUCUCAUGCAAUAAUGAAGCAACCAGUCAGUUUUUGUUUGUUUGUUUGUUUGUUUGUUUGUUUGUUUGUUUACAGUUUUUUCAUGGCCGCCGUCCCGCCACAGAAUUUUACUUCAAAAACCAAAAGUCUGAUCCAGCAUCAUGUAUCUGCCCUUGGAACAUUUUAAUAAUUCUACAUGUUUUUCAUGUCAUUUUUGAAAUAAUUUGCUGUUUUUCAAGUUUUUUUUUGUUUGUUUGCUAAUUUUCUCGUCAUUUCCUUAUAAUUUUUGUUUUGAAAAAUGAAGCCAAAGUUUGAUUGACAGCCAGCGGAGCCCGAAAGUCUCUGACCGCUCCCCUCUGCUGCGCUCUGAUCCUACCCAUAAUCCCUCUGGUGCAUCGUGACGGUCCAUCCGGCACGAUGCGCGGUGUGUGUGUAUGUGUGUGUGUGUGUGUGUGUGUGAGAGAGAGACUCUGGUGUGCCAUCGAUCUGCCUUUUGCCGUGUCUCAAGUCUUUUGUAAUCUGCAGCUUUGCUUGGAUCAGCUGAUAAACUUGUUUUUCCAGGA